AUGCCAGUCCCUCUUGCACCAUAUCCAACACCUCCCGCGCCAGCACUGUCUCCGUCGUACACUCCUCCCCCGCUGGCAAAUGGUAGUACAGGUGGACAGAGCCAGUUAGUGUGUUCAGGUUGCAGAAACCUUCUCAUGUAUCCCGUCGGAGCAAGUUCUGUCUGCUGCGCCGUCUGUAACGCCGUCACGGCCGUUCCUCCGCCCGGAACUGAGAUGGCUCGGUUAGUUUGUGGAGGCUGCCAUACACUUCUAAUGUACAUUCGUGGAGCUACAAGUGUUCAAUGUUCUUGUUGUCACACCGUUAAUCUUGCCUUCGAAG